ACACCUACCUAGCAAGAUGGCUGUGAUGGAAGGACCUCUCAGCAAAUGGACUAAUGUUAUGAAAGGCUGGCAAUACCGCUGGUUUGUGCUGGAUGACAGUGCUGGGUUGCUCUCGUAUUACACAUCAAAAGAGAAAAUGGUACGUGGUGCGCGUAGAGGUUGUGUGCGUCUCAAAGGAGCAGUCGUUGGUAUUGAUGACGACGAUGACUCAACCUUCACCAUAACUGUAGAUGCUAAGACUUUUCAUUUUCAGGCACAUGACCCUGAUGAGAGAGAAAAAUGGAUCCGAGGAUUAGAGGACACAAUUGUGAGACAUACACCGUCUAUAAGGAGGUGGGACCCAAGCAAACCAGCUCCAACAAUGGCAGACUUUGAUAAAAAACUAACAGAAAGUGAUGUCUACCUCCAACUACUGAUUGAACAGACCAGCGCGCUUGAGAAACACACGGGGUCAACUGAGGACGUUGCUGACCGACAGCGCUGCCAAGAAGUUAUUAACAAUGUCAACAGUGUCCUGGAGUCCAUCAAACACUCGAUAGUUUUGUUACAGAUUGCCAAGAACACCGCCUUUCCUGUUAAUGGUGUGUAUCAUCCAUGUAACGCCAUCCCAGAAGGAACAUCUUCAUCAGCCUCAUCCCUUGGAGGAAAUGUCGGAGGAGGUGAGGGAGUCUGUGAUAGAGGAGUAGGAGGAGGUGGAGGAGGAGGGGUGGGAGUAGUGACCUCUACUGCAGAGGAUGAAGGAGUACCACUCACAGUGUCUCCAGCGGUCCGCACUGGGAUUGAAGUAGGCCGUGAGUGUGCUGAGGCAACUAAUACGCUUGUAGGAAUGCGACAAAGAAGUCCAGUACCUUGUCCACUAGUCCCUCCAGAUAAUGUUGUACCAGAGACUUCAUACUCUAGCUCAGAAGAUGAAGACUUCUUUGAUGCUGACGACUUCCCCGGUGCCACUCCAUCACAGAGCCCUAGUGGGCCACGCUUAUUCGAAGACGCAGUAGAGAGCAUCCCUGGCCGCAGCGGCACCAGUGAGUCGGUGACCAGCCCUAGCAGUGCCUCUAAUGACCCUGCAUCACAGGUGCCUCUUCUCGACCCCCCAGCCUCUUCUGCUUCAACAGAAACUUCUCCAAGUGAUGGCACAUCUAGGGUUGUUCCCACACAGUCCCCGUCCACCCCUGCAGUUUCUUCCCCCAACCGUAAGGCAUCAGUUGGUGGUGCACUGGAACAAGCUAAUCUUACUUCAGAGCCCUCCAUGGAUUAUGACUUGAUGUACGAAGAUGACGAUGAUCCAGAGCUUGGGUCUAUGGAGGGCCACGGCUCUGUCAUACACCAUCUAUUGUCACAGGUCAAAAUUGGGAUGGACUUGACCAAAGUUGUGCUUCCUACGUUUAUCCUUGAGAGACGCUCCCUGUUGGAGAUGUAUGCGGACUUCUUUGCUCAUCCUGAUCUUUUUUGCAGCAUUGCUGACAUGCAAACCCCUCAGGACCGUAUGGUGCAGGUGGUGAAGUGGUAUGUCUCAGCUUUUCAUGCUGGACGUAAAAGUGAAGUCGCUAGAAAACCGUACAAUCCAAUUUUGGGUGAGGUCUUUAGGUGUUAUUGGGAUGUUCCGGGUACAACCACCACAGGGGUAGAUGCCCAAGAUGGUCCAAUACCCUGGGCCAAAAAUAACCAGCUCUGUUUUGUUGCUGAGCAAGUUUCACAUCAUCCUCCCAUAUCUGCCUUUUAUGCUGAACACAAGGCCAAGAGGAUUUCCUUCUGUGGUCACAUAUGGACAAAGUCAAAGUUCUUGGGUCUGUCUAUUUGUGUGAACAACAUAGGGCAGGGCUGUGUAUCACUGAUGGAACAUGAUGAGGAGUACAUCCUUAACUUCCCAAGUGGUUAUGGCAGGUCAAUCUUAACAGUACCUUGGGUUGAACUAGGUGGUACAUGUCAGAUUACGUGUAACAAGACGGGCUACAGUGCUAAUGUGGAAUUCUUAACUAAGCCAUUCUAUGGAGGCAAGAAACACAGGAUAUCAGCGGAGGUGCUCAGUCCAGGGGAGAAGAAGCCAAUUGUCACUGUAGAAGGAGAGUGGAAUGGAGUAAUGACAGCAAAAUGCAGGGAAGGUGAGCCCAAGCCAUUUGUUGAUACCCAAACUAUGGGUACUGUGAAGAAGAAUGUCAAGUCUAUAGCCCAGCAAGCACCCAAUGAAUCGAGAUUUAUGUGGAAGGAAGUUACGGCAGGACUCAAAUUCAACCAAAUCGACCAAGCAACAGCUGCUAAAUGUUCCCUCGAACAAAAGCAGCGUGACGAAGCCAAAUAUCGCAAAGAAAAUAAUAUUGCGUGGGAGACAAAGCUCUUUGAUUUGAUAGGAGAUAAUUGGAUCUACAAAAAACCACUGUUGAAAAGAAUAAGUCAGAGGAAUGAUUGAAAAGGUUUGCUCCUAAUGUGUUGGAAAAAUUUUAAGAAUCAUGUUUCUAACUUUUACUGUCAACAAGUGAAACAAUAUUGGAUGCAGUAUCUCAUCUAAGCUUCAGUAAUGAAUUUUAUGCAAUACUCCCAGAUCCACCUAAAUGAUAAUUUUUAAGGAGAAAUCACCCAAUCCAGUGUUUUAUGGUGCGGCUGAUUUAAUUACAAAGUGUAUGUGAAACUUAUUGUUAUCUAUGCAACAAGUGUAUAGAAGGUGAUAAAAUCAUUGGAUACAUAUUAUGGUGACCAGUGAACAUUAUAUCAGUGGUAUGUGCAGUAUAGUACUGUAGCUUGAACCAGAAUUAGCUUUGUUCAUCACAUGCUUAAACAAAAUAAAGGAAGAAAACUGAGUAUUUCUCAAGUGUAUGGUUAAGGAGAGGUGACUGAAUAUCAAGAAGGUACUGGUUUGUGGAUCUGAGAAAUAAUGCUGUUUUAUGCACAAAUUAAUUAUUUGUAUAAGCAAGAAUGUCAGAUUGAAAAGAUAUAUAUAUAU